GGGGCGGAGCCAGUGAUGGACGGGAAAAGAAGCGGCUCGCCCAUUGGGCACUGCGGGAUGUUCAAACUAGUAUGGGAGGCGGUGAUUGGUGGCGACGAGGCGCGGCCCGCCGCCCCCGCCCGGGCGGGUCAUUGUCUGGCGGCUCCUGAGGCGGGUCGGGCGCGGCGGUGGCUUUGGGGUUCGGACGGCGGCAGCGGUACCAUGGCUGGCGGCAAGGCGGGCAAGGACAGCGGCAAGGCCAAGGCCAAGGCCGUGUCGCGCUCCCAGAGGGCCGGGCUGCAGUUCCCAGUGGGCCGCAUCCACAGGCACCUGAAGACCCGGACCACCAGCCACGGGCGCGUGGGAGCCACGGCGGCCGUGUACAGCGCUGCCAUCCUCGAGUACCUGACCGCCGAGGUAGGACCCCCCCUCCGCAGCCCCCCGGCCCUGCCCUGGCCAUUCCCACCUCCUGCUGCCGUCCCGCAGGUGCUGGAGCUGGCCGGGAACGCUUCCAAGGAUCUCAAAGUGAAGCGGAUCACGCCCCGGCACCUGCAGCUGGCCAUCCGCGGCGAUGAGGAGUUGGACUCGCUGAUCAAAGCCACCAUCGCCGGAGGAGGUGUCAUUCCCCACAUCCACAAGUCUCUGAUUGGAAAGAAGGGACAGCAGAAAACGGCGUAGAGGGAGCGCGGCACCGGAUCCCCCCGUCAUCGUACUGUACCUGGCACAGGAACAUCUCGGGGAUACGAGGGAUUUUUUUAAGGAAUAGUUGACAGGAAGAGCAUAGAGGAUUGACUGUAGAGGAAGCAUUGGGAUGGGUUUAGAUUCUGAGUAGGACACACCGCGGGCUGUGGGGCGGCAGCUGGGGGUGGGCGAGUGGCUCGGCCGCCCGCACGUUUUAUACAAAAAUGGAACCCAUAAACCAUUUUUUACAAAAA